UCUAAGUAAGCUAAGACUAAUACACAAAAAAUACAGAGCAUUUCCUUGUCGUUUACAAUGGCAAACUCAUCAGAUCCCACAACCCUGAAAACAGAAGACCAAUUGAAAGAAGAAUCAUGGUUUGGGUUUCCAAUGAAAGUUUAUCAAGGUUUUUGGUGUCUAAAUGUUCUAUUUGAAGGCGUAACCUCAUUCCAAAACAACUUUGAAGCUAAAGAUUCCGAUAUCAUCUUAGCUAGUCUACCAAAAACUGGUACGACAUGGCUAAAAUCCCUCCUUUUCGCCAUUGUUAAUCGGAAUAACUUAUGUGGUGAUCUUUCUAAACUCCCUUUUCACACCAAAACCCCUCAUGAGAUAGUACUCCACCUUGAAAUCGAAGUUUACAAAAACUUCAAUGGAACACCACCAGACAACAUACUUGAUGUACCCUCACCUCGACUCUUUGCUACCCACAUGCCAUAUCUAUCAUUGCCAGACUCAAUCAAAGGUUCCAAAUGUCGAAUUGUUUAUGUUUCUCGAAAUCCUUUAGACACUUUCGUGUCAAUAUGGCAUUUUUAUCUUCAAUUUGAGAUAAGCAAGGGUGUUAACCCAAGUAAGGAAAUGAUGGAGGAAUAUUUAGGUAAGUAUUGUACGGGCGUGUCCCCUUUUGGCCCCUAUGAAGACCAUCUGUUGGGGUAUUGGAAGGAGACCCAGAAAAAUCCGAAACAUGUGUUAUUCCUGGAGUAUGAAGGGCUGAAGAAAGAACCAAAAGCUCAUUUGAAAAGGUUAGCUGAGUUUGUUGGUUGCCCGUUUUCGGAGGAAGAAGAUAAAAAGAAUGUUAUCGAUGAAAUAAUCGAGCUUUGUAGCAUUAAAAGUAUGAAAGAAAUGGAGGUUAAUAAGACUGGAAAAUUUUAUCCAUGGGUUGAGAACAAGGCUUUGUUUAGGAAAGGGGAGGUUGGUGACUGGAACAACCAUUUAACUACUUCUAUGGCUAAGGGAUUUCAUCAAAUGCUUCAAAAGCUACCAGGCUGGUUUUUCUUUUACAUUUUAUCCACCCAAAUAUUGAAAUAAUAGGUCCUCUGCUAGACCCUUCAUAUCAACUAUUCUGGUCAACUAAAGUAGCUUUUAUUUUAUUGUAAUACGUAAUAUCAGUUUAGAAUAUUGGACAAAUAAAUGUGUUCUUGUGGCA